AUGUGGGACCUGUGGAAUAUCGUCUGUGACGCUAUUGAUCACUUAGGUGAUCCUACGAGCAAUCUGGAACAGCUGGUGCAGAUGAUGAUCUGCAUCUCGAAGCUUCCGGAUGUGGUUGAUGUGAAUGGCGAAGUGGUCAAGCCGUCGAUGAAUUCAAAGGUUUUCUGGCGAGAGCUACCGGGUUUCGCAUUUUACUUCCGCGAAGUCGCUACACCCACAGACGUCCCGCCAACAUCCCAGCUCCUCCGCGGCAACCCCAUCACCUGGGGCGAGCAAGUCCAAAAACACACCCACGCCAACACGUUCAAAGCCCUCUACCUCCACGCCCUCGACUCGAACCUCCAAACCCCCCACCGGCAUUUCGCAGCCAUGCACAACCACGCGCAAUGGACCCUCUGCGAAGCCCUCGAAGUCCCCACCGAUCACGUCGAGCAGGUGCGCCGGACGGAAAUGUACGUCCCCGCUGCCAGUCAGUGGAUUCUGAAGGCGGGCGCCACCGUGUCGAGGUUCUGCGCGCAGAGGGCGAACAAUGACGGCGAGAGGGUCGUGCAGAGGUGGAUCGGGGGCGAUAAUAGCGGGGGAGUGGAUGUGGGGCGGUGA